AUGGCAGUCACAACUAAAGCCACCAUCUCCUCAUUUGGGGGGAAAUUAUUGAAGCUCUCUCAUAAUGCCACCUCUACCAAAUGUGAAAUGGCGUUCAACGUUUAUCUCCCGCCACAAGCAUUGUCGGACUCUGGAUAUAAGGCUCCAGUUCUAUUCUUCCUAUCAGGACUGACUUGCACACCGGAUAACUGCUCGGAGAAAGGAUUUCUUCAAAAUGCAGCUAGUUUAAAGGGAAUUGCUAUUGUAUAUCCCGAUACCAGCCCUCGCGGCUUGGGUAUUACUGGUGAAGAUGAUGCAUAUGACUUUGGUACCGGAGCAGGAUUUUACGUUGAUGCCACCAAAGCUCCAUAUGAUCAGGGAUAUAAAAUGUAUACCUAUGUUACGGAAGAACUUCCCAAAGUCGCCUUUACCGAGUUUCCACAGCUAGACUCCAGUCGAGUCAGCAUUACCGGCCAUAGCAUGGGGGGACAUGGUGCCCUGACUCUUUUUUUAAAAAAUGCUGGGAAAUAUAAAUCAGUCUCAGCUUUUGCACCAAUCGCAAACCCCAUCAACUGUCCAUGGGGUCAAAAGGCUUUUGAGGGCUAUUUCGGCAGUGACAAGAACAAGUGGAAUGAGCAUGACGCCACGGAACUAGUCAAAAAAUGGAAGGGCCCUCUCAGUAUCUUGAUUGACGUGGGCACUGGUGAUAAUUUCUAUAACCAAAAGCAGCUUCUACCAGAGAAUUUCCUUGCUGCUGCAAAGGAAGCUGGUGUGGACUCCGAGAUAUACCUACGUUUCCAACCUGAUUAUGACCAUAGUUACUACACUAUAGCCACGUUUGCCGCGGACCAUGUGAACUUUGCUGCUCAGUAUCUAUUUGCUUGA